GAGAGAGAGGCGGAUCCCGGGGAAAGAGAUAUUGUGGACCUGGCGCUUGUGCGGUGAGAAAUAUCGACACGACCAGAAACAAUCACUUUCGACCGUUAUUUUUUAUUAAAACUUUUGAAGGCCUGGCGCGCUCUCUACCUAUUUAUCUCGCCUCAAUAACGCUGUUAACGUAGGCCUGCUGUUGUUCCUUAGCCCAAUUCAGCCGUCUCGACCUCAUAGUGCACAGUAAGGUGGAUCAAUGUUAACUCUACACAUGGAGACAUACAGGAUGACCCAGAUCUUUUACUAGAAUUAUCUGGGCGGGAGACAAGCUGGCCGGUGUGAUGAAGGAUCGAUUGGCUGAACUGACUGCUAGUAGGGCACGAGCAGAGGAGGACGUUGCAGUCGCAGUGGACAGAGAUGGCUUCAUGGAGAGCUUCUUCAGAAGGGUAGAAGAAGUCAGAGGACUCAUUGAUAAGAUCUCCUACCAAGUGGAAGAGGUGAGGAAGGUGCACAGCAUGAUCCUGUCUGCACCCAACCCAGAUGACAGAACAAAGGACCAACUGGAUGCACUGACCAAUGACAUCAAAGGGAAUGCCAACGUGGUGCGAACUAAACUCAAAUCCAUGGAGCAAAGUUUGCCCAAAGAUGAUGUAGCUAACAGAUCCUCUGUUGACUUCAGGAUCCAGAAAACACAGCACACAGUGCUGUCCAGGAAGUUUGUGGAGGUCAUGACCCAGUACAAUGAGACUCAAGUGUCCUUUCGGGAAAGAAGCAAAGGAAGGAUCCAGAGACAGCUGGAGAUAACUGGAAAAGUGACCACCAAUGAAGAACUGGAGGGCAUGUUAGAAAGCGGAAAUCCAUCUAUCUUCACAUCUGAUAUCAUUUCUGAUUCCCAGAUCACACGUCAGGCCCUAAAUGAGAUAGAGUCGCGACACCAGGACAUCAUGCGUCUGGAGUCGAGCAUCAGAGAGCUCCAUGUGAUGUUCAUGGACAUGGCAAUGCUGGUAGAAACUCAGGGGGAUAUGGUUAACAACAUUGAGAAGAACGUCUCCAAUGCAGUCGAAUACAUUUGUAGUGCAAAAGAAGAGACCAAAAAAGCAGUGAGAUACCAGAAAAAAUCCCGGAGGAAAUACAUUAUCCUUGCCUUUGCUCUGUUGAUCCUGCUUGCUGUGAUUGCACUAAUUGUUGGCCUGUCUGUUGGACUAACCAAACCCCCUGUUUGAGAACUACUGUAAACUUCUCGGCCUUGCCAUGUGUGGGGUUGCAGGUUUACUCCUUUUACUCAUCAUAAUAGUUGGAGUCUAUGAGUGAUGGGUUUCACCAGUCACACCCUCACAGCAGUCAGCUGUAGUCAGCUCCUGCAGGGAUGAAACUUUUCGAACAUCCACUAUCCAACAGCAUUACAGAGAGGAUCACAUGACCACACUGAAGUAGGUAUGAUGUGCGUGAUCCACUUUGCACCGUAGACGUAGUGACGUAGUGACUUCCUGGAGUCUUGUUGUCAUAGUAUAGGUUGCCAGACAACUAGCGGAAGCUCCAGGAAGUCACAUCUCCUGGCACAUAGCCCCACAUAAAAAACACAAUGGGUCUUUUUUUGUUUGUUUACAGAUUAAACAAACAAGAUAUAAUGUGCUAGUUUUUGAGCCUUAGAGAUGGUGGUAGUCUGAUUUUGUUACCUUUGGACAGAGCUAGGCUAGCUGUUUUCCUUUGCUCCCAGUCUUUGUGCUAAGCUAAGCUGCUGCUGCUUCAUAUUUAGCGUACAGACAUGAGAGCGAUAUGAUAUCCAUCUCCUCAUCUUACUCUUGACAAUAAAGCAAAUAAGAGUUUUCCCCAAAAUGUCUUUGAUAUUCAAAUGAUAUUGUGACAAUUCUCUUUAUGAAUUGAUGUUUAAUUUGUGAUUACAUGUUAAGUUUAUGCUCCUUAUGUUCUGUUGUCCUUUUAUAUAUUUACUAUAUUUAUGUAAAAUUACUGCAGCUCAGGAGUCCUUUAUAAAUAGAAAAUUGUAAAAAAAACAAAAUUCUCUGCAAGCAUUUCUAGUAAACUGUCUCAAUCAGAAAAAAAUAUUUUUCGAGUCGAACAGAAUUGAUCACUUCAUUCAAUAAGUCUAAAUCAGCAACCUUACAAAAGUGCCUUGUUAACAUUUCAUAUGAAACCUUAACUUAUUAAAUAUAUUAUAUUUAUAACGAUCACGGUGUGUGAUGACUGAAAUAUUAAUGUGAAAAAAGUCAUGCUACAAUGUAGGACUAUUGGAUGAUUUUAUUUCAAGAGCACACAUUUAAAUUUGGGUAUUUGAUUCUUUUGUUUAUUUGAUUCUAAGUUAUAUCUUGUAUUUUAUAUUGAAACAGUAUAAUGAAUCCAU